AUGAGCAAAGUUCCGGCAACAAAUAGUAAUCAACAGCAGCAACAGGCAGCGCCUGCGCAAAGCGGAGCAUCAUCUCCACUACAAAAUCAGCCUACCAAACAGCCUCGAAUACCAUUCACGGAGAUACCUGAUAGUCAGAAAGCCUAUCCUCGCAAUUCGCAUCCAACAACAGGAUCAAUCGAGUCUGCUAUCAGGAGCACUCUACCUCCAAAACCUCAACGGCGGUAUGGAUUUUCUCUUGGAUUGGGUAAAACUGGGUCUAUAAUACAGCUUUCGUUCGCAUUGUUCGUUGGUGUGGGAGCUGCAUUGUUUCUCGCAAACGCUAUGGUCGUGUAUGAUAAAGAAGAGUAUAUACGGAAGCUUCUUGAUGAACGUAAGCGGCUAAGGGAGGAAUUAAAGCCACUAUCAGCUCCAUGA